CCAGGGGACAUUCAGGGCGGCCACCUCCCCCCCCCCCCGCGCGGGGUGCAGGGCGGCGAUGGGGCGGAGGAGCCCGCCCCUGCGCCUCCUCGCGCCCCCGCAUGCCUUACCGGGGGAUUCCCGGUGGCCCGAGGCGUGACGAGCAGCUCUCGUGGGCCAAGCACCCGAGCAGAUACCUGGCUGCGCUUGGCAAGUUCCAGCCCCAGACAAUCGCGGCGGCGCAACUUGGGCUGGCACUCGUGGAGCUCUGCAAGGAGUUGAAGGCCACGGCCGCGACGCUGCGCGGUCUCUUGGACGUGCAAGGCAACCGCUGUCGCGGCGGCGCCGCCGCCGAGGCGACGCUCUACUCGGCGCUCCAGGCCUGCCUCCGCGCGCACGACGCCGAGGUC